AUAAAAAAGUGUCCAUUUCUGGAAAUAAAAGAAAUUUAAAAUUGCAGUGUCACCACUCACUGUGCCAUCUCCAUCCACCUUUCCCCUCUCAUUUUCUUAAACAAAGCAAUCCUCAUCUCCACCUCCAUUAACAAAUCCCAGAAAAAAUUCCCCCCCCCCCCCCCCCCCCCUCUUUCUCUCUCUCUGCAUAUACAUACACGCAUCUGCAUACAAACACAAUGGCCUAGCUGUUUCUUGGAUCCGGAGAUUCUGCCACUUUAGAAACAAUAUUUUAUGCAGCUAUAUAUCUAAAUUAUUCAUAGCCCACAAAGACAUGAUCUUGUUUUCCUCCCAAAUUCGCCUCUCCCUAGGCUCAAACCCUUGUUUCCCAUCGGAAUUUGUAUCAUAAUCUUUUUUAUGUUUCUCUAAUGCCUGUUUUUCAAUGGCGUCUGCUUUUCUUUUUCCUUGCAUUCUUUUCCCCUGUUUCCGGCCUUAAUUCUCAGGGCCAAGCGCUCCUCGCGUGGAAGCGGACCUUGAACGGCUCCGUCGACGCGCUCAGCGGCUGGACCCCCGACCACCAGACCCCGUGCUCGUGGUUCGGGGUCGCCUGCAACCUCAAGAAUGAGGUUGUUGAGAUCAAUUUGAAGUAUAUUGAUCUCCUCGGAAAUGUUCCAGCUGAUUUUAGUUCGUUGAGGACUUUGAACCAGCUGGUUCUGUGCGGGACUAAUCUCAGUGGGGCGAUUCCGCAAACACUAGGCGAGCUUCAACAACUCAAGGUGCUCGAUUUGAGCGACAAUUCAUUAACAGGGGAAAUUCCUAAUGCAAUUUGCAAUCUGCCGAAGCUGGAGCAGCUCCAUCUCAAUAGCAACAGGCUUGAAGGUCCAAUUCCGGGCGAAAUUGGGAACCUCGCCGGCCUGAUGGAGCUGACGCUGUUCGAUAACCAGCUCGUCGGCGGAAUUCCGGCGAGCAUUGGGAAGAUGAAGCAGCUGAUAGUGUUGAGAGCCGGCGGGAACAAGAAUCUUGGCGGCCCUCUACCUCAAGAGAUCGGAAACUGCUCGAAUUUAGCCAUGUUGGGCCUGGCGGAGACCAGUAUUUCCGGCUUCCUGCCGCCGUCGCUCGGGCAGCUCAAGAACCUGCAAACUCUGGCCAUCUACACGACCCUCCUCUCCGGCCAAAUCCCGCCGGAGUUAGGCGAUUGCACCGAGCUUCGCAACAUUUAUUUAUACGAAAACUCCCUAGCGGGAUCGAUUCCUGUUCAGCUGGGGAAACUGGGGAGGCUGGAGAAUCUCCUGCUGUGGCAGAACAGUUUGGUCGGAACCAUCCCUCCCGAGCUCGGCAACUGCAGCAGAUUGCUCGUGAUUGACGCGUCGAUGAAUUCGCUAACCGGAGAAAUUCCGGAGUCGUUCGGGAAUUUAAGCUUAUUGCAGGAGCUGCAGCUGAGCGUGAACCAGAUUUCCGGCAAGAUUCCGGGUCAGCUCGGCGGCUGCGCAGGACUGACUCAUAUCGAGCUCGAUAACAACCAAAUCUCCGGCAGCAUUCCGUCGGAGUUCGGCAAUCUUCGCAACUUGAGCCUGCUGUUUCUAUGGCAGAAUCGGUUGGAGGGAAACAUUCCGCCAUCUUUAUCCAACUGUGAAAACCUCGAAGCCGUUGACUUGUCGCAGAAUGAGUUGACAGGUCCGAUUCCGAGUGGAAUAUUCGAUUUGCAGAAUCUCAACAAACUUCUGCUGCUGGCUAACAAUCUCUCCGGCCCCAUUCCGCCGGAAAUUGGGAACUGUUCGUCGCUGAUCCGGUUUCGCGCCAAUGAUAAUAAGCUCACCGGAAAUGUGCCGGCGGAGAUUGGGAAGCUAAAGAGUUUGAAUUUCUUCGAUCUCGGAUCGAAUAGGCUGUCUGGGAUCAUACCCCCGGAGAUUUCUGGAUGCCGGAAUCUCACGUUUCUUGAUCUGCAUUCGAAUUCGAUAUCGGGGAAUUUGCCCAAUGAUUUGGAUCAUCUUGUUGCUCUGCAGUUUCUAGAUGUAUCUGAGAAUAUGAUCGGAGGUACGUUGAGUUGGAGCUUGGGCUCGCUGAUCUCGCUGACGAAGCUGGUUCUCGGGCUGAACCGGUUCUCAGGCCCAAUCCCUAGCGAGUUGGGAUCGUGUUCACGGCUGCAGUUGCUUGAUUUGAGCAGCAAUGAGCUGGAGGGGCAGAUUCCGGCGAGUUUGGGGAAGAUUCCAGCGCUAGAGAUCGCUCUGAACCUGAGCUGGAACCGGCUUUCAGGCGGGAUACCGGAGGAGUUCACGGCAUUGGACCGGUUGGGGGUGCUGGAUAUCUCUCACAACCAGCUCUCCGGCGACCUUCACUACUUGGCUGAUCUUCAGAAUCUUGUUGCGCUCAAUGUCUCCCACAACAACUUCUCCGGCCGCGUGCCAGACACGUUGUUCUUCUCCAAGCUGCCGCUCAGCGUCCUGGCCAGCAACCCGGAGCUGUGCCUCUCCGGCAGCGCAUGCGCGGCCGACAAGGGCAGCAGCGGUAGGCGCGGAAAGGGGGCGAGGGUAGCAAUGGUGGUGCUGCUCUGCACCGCAUGCAUCUUGCUGUUGACCGCUCUCUACUUGAUCCUCGGUGGCAAGAUCCGGGCCCGCAGGUCCCACGAUGGCGACUUGGACAACGAGGAUGAUGUGGAGUUAGGGGGACCAUGGGAGGUCACCGUGUACCAGAAGCUGGACUUGUCAAUCGCCGAUGUGGCCAAGUGUCUGACACCUGUCAACGUGCUCGGCCACGGCCGGACUGGGGUCGUCUACCGGGCUUUGACUUCAGGGGGGACCACCAUUGCGGUGAAGAGAUUCCGAUCGUCAGAGAAGUGCUCAGCCUCCGCGUUUUCAUCGGAGAUCGCGACACUGGCCCGUAUCCGCCACCGGAACAUCGUGAGGCUGCUAGGGUGGGCCGCUAAUCAGAAGACCAAGCUAUUAAUGUACGACUAUCUCCCUAACAGCACAUUAGGGGCGUUACUGCACGAGGGGCGAGGGGAGAGGGUCGAGUGGGAGACCCGGUUCAAGAUAGCGUUGGGAGUCGCCGAGGGCCUAGCUUACCUGCACCACGACUGUGCGCCGCCCAUCCUCCACCGCGACGUCAAGACUCAUAAUAUUCUACUCGGAGAUCGAUACGAGCCGUGUUUGGCUGAUUUUGGACUAGCAAGGUUUAUGGAGGAUGAGAAUGCUGGCUCAUUUUCAACACAUCCCCAACUUGCUGGAUCAUACGGUUACUUUGCUCCAGAGUAUGCUUCCAUGGUAAAGAUCACGGAGAAGAGCGACGUCUACAGCUAUGGCGUCGUCCUACUAGAAAUCAUAACGGGCAAGAAGCCCAUCGACCCUUCGUUCCCAGAAGGCCAGCACGUGGUCCAGUGGGUGCGCGAUCACCUAAAGAGCAAACAGGACCCAGUCGACAUAAUAGACCAAAAACUUCAAGGCCUCCCAGACACACAAAUCCAAGAAAUGCUCCAAGCCCUUGGAAUAGCCCUUCUCUGCACCAGCAACCGACCGGAUGACCGCCCUGCCAUGAAAGACGUGGUUGCCCUGUUGAAGGAGAUCAAGCACGAGCCCGACCUAGCACACAAGCCCGCGGCUAGAUCGCCUAAAGGGUCCGAGCUCCCCUCCUCAUACUCGUCCUCAUCAGUCACCCCGUCUCAGCUGCUGCUUCUCCAAGGAUCAUCUAAUUGCUCCCUGGCUUACUCAUCUUCUUCCACAAACUACAACAAAGAGCAUCAAUGAUUUCUUGGAAACACUUUUUUUUUUUUUUUUGGGAUUUUUUGUUAGGAGUAGGACAUCAGUUAGAUGGCAAUGUAAAGAGGUAGGAGCAUUAUUGAUUACAACAUCAAGAUCAUUGUUACAUUAUCUAAAAGAAAAGGAUCAAGUUUCUUAUUACUAAAUCAAA